GUAGUAUUACAGCUUUCUACUUUCUAAUGUUAGGCCAUUAAUCUUAACUUUAUUGAUACCCAAAAAGUUUGGAACUUUUUCCAUUCCCGGGAGUCAUGGAAACUCUCUGCUCAAAGCUCGAUCUUGGCCACUAUUCAAUGUCUAACCCUCUUAUUAGACCCACUUCAAAACCAUAUUUUUCUUACGGGUUUUCUUGCUUUAACCAUGGUAGAAAACCAGGCUCUAGAUUGGUAGUUCCCCAAGCUUUGGACAAGAGGAAGUCCACUCCCCGGCUAAAGAAUGAAAGCCCAGGUGAAGAAAAUGAAAAUUUAUUCAGAUGGGUUGCUAGGGGAGUGCUUGGAUUUGCAGCUGCAGCGUCUGUGUGUUCUAAUUUUCCAGUCUUGGCUGAGACUAUCACUGUGGCUUUCCCUGUGUCUCACACCCCUGAGGUGAAUACAGUUCAAAGGACACUUGUGGAAGCUUGGGGUUUAAUUAGAGAGAGUUUCGUUGAUCCAACUUUUAAUCAUCAAGACUGGGAUUUGAAACUGCAAGAGACAAUGGUUGAGAUGUUUCCCUUGAGAUCGGAGGAUGCUGCAUAUAAUAAGAUCAGGGGAAUGCUUUCGACCCUUGGCGAUCCCUAUACUCGCAUCAUUAGUCCUAAGGAAUACCAAAGUUUUAGAAUAGGAAGUGAUGGGAAUUUACAAGGUGUUGGGCUCUUCAUCAGCAUUGAACCAAAAAGUGGGCACUUGGUUGUUUUGUCAUGUGUCGAGAAUAGCCCUGCUGCACGUGCUGGUAUACAUGAAGGAGAUGAAUUAAUAGAAAUCAAUGGAGAGAAGCUUGAUGGAAUCGAUGGUGAAGCAGCAGCACAGAAAUUGAGGGGACGUGCCGGUACAACUGUCACAGUAAAAGUCCAUAGUGGUAAUGUCUCAGGAAGAAAUGACCUCAGAGAGGUUAAACUACCUCGUGAAGUAAUAAAACUUUCACCUAUAUCCAGUGCCAUCAUCACUCAUAGGCUGUCUGAUGGUCGUUUGUCGAAAACCGGAUAUGUAAAGUUAUCAACUUUCUCCCAGACUGCUGCAGUGGAGAUGGAGAACACAGUUCAGGAAAUGGAAAAUCAGGGUGUACAGUCAUACAUACUAGAUUUGCGGAAUAAUCCGGGUGGUUUAGUCAAAGCGGGACUUGACAUUGCCCAAUUAUGGCUCGAUGGCGAUGAGACCCUUGUGAAUACUAUUGAUAGAGAUGGUAACAUGCAACCCAUCAGCAUGGUGGAUGGUCACGCCGUAACACAUGAUCCUCUUGUUGUUCUUGUGAACGAGGGAAGUGCAAGUGCUAGCGAGAUUCUGGCAGGGGCCCUCCAUGACAACGGGAGAGCAGUCCUCGUUGGGCAUAAAACUUUUGGGAAAGGAAAAAUACAGAGUGUUACACAACUGCAUGACGGUUCGGCUCUGUUCGUAACAGUGGCCAAGUAUCUGUCACCUGCACUUCAUGACAUUGAUCAGGUGGGCAUCACACCUGAUGUUCAGUGCACAGUUGAGGUCCUGAAUUCUCCCAAAGACUUGGAAGCGGAUUCGUGCAUCAUGGUAGCCGAACAUGAGUUGGAUAUUGUCUAUAAUCUUGUACAUCUUUCAUAGGUUACACCUUGUACAGGACAAGAUCAAAACCACUAGAAAGAUUCUUGGCAUCUGCUUAGUUUAGUUAGAGAUGAGGGAUCUUUCAAUUCUGUGUAUAUGUAUACAUGACAUGACAUUUAGCAUUGGGCAAGCAAAGGAAUCAUGUAUGUAAUUAAUUUAAUUUGCACUGAUAUGGAACCAUUCUGAAAUAUAAUCCUUUAUUUCAUAUCAA